ACAGACUUUUCGGCUUGGCCACAACCACAACCAGGGGCUGAUCUUCCCUCGAGUGUGACGCUGGACGUGGCCGGUUUCAGGCGUCAUUUCACAUCACCCCCACAUGCCCCCUUCGGCUGUUUUCCGGCCGUCAUGCUGUAUGGCCGGGACGAUCAGCGCCUCACGUCGAGGAGCCGUCUGGCAGGCAGAGACAGCUCUAAGAAGAGCCCGACUACUGCAGUCAUUCUGUCAGUUGUUGUCACUUCUGCCCGGCUAUACCGUCUCGUUGACCCGUCUCAAGCAGGCAUUGCACGCAAUUUCGCCCCCUCGAUAACCUAUUCUCUCCUUUGCCUACACACAACUCUCGAUCGUCUCGACAGCAUGCCCGGUUGUUUGUCCUUUUUUCCCUAUUUUUUCUGUUGCGGCCGGCCUGACUAA